AGCAAGGGCGGGGAGGUGAGCACAUCCCUGGCAGCCAGUGUGCCAACGCAGGCUCUAGUGCUACCUCGUUGGCAGAGGCAGUGGUUAAUUCCCUUAAGCGAUUCCCCACCUGGCCUCCUGGUGCCUUUCCCCGGGGCUGCCCGGAGGCCAGAGCCGGGCAGCUGUUGCACCGAGAGGGGGCAGCUGCGGAGUUCUGUAACCAUAGCAACCGCAUCAGCACCACCGCGGCAGCAGCGGCGAGGGCAGCAUCCUCUCGCUCCGCCUCCAAGCAGCCGCGCCGUGGGGACCUGAGACUUGGCUCGCAGGUGCUGCGCGACCUCCUCCUUGGUCCGCCCACCGCUGCUGCAAAGUGUUGGCUACUGGAGGAGAAAGGAGCAGUGUGAGGGACCCAGAGCCGGAGCUGGGCCCUGGGAGGUGAGAAAGGAGAGACCUGCAGUGGGAGACAGGUAAUGAACCAAAAGGAUCAUGUGUGAAGUACAAGGAACGGUUGAGUUUUCGGUCGAGCUGCAUAAAUUUUAUAAUGUGGAUCUCUUUCAGAGAGGGUAUUACCAGAUCCGAAUGACCUUGAAAGUGUCCUCCAGGAUCCCACACAGAGUGAGUGCUUCCAUCGUUGGGCAGACAGAAAGCAGCAGCCUGCUUUCAGCCUGUGUCUGUGACAGCACCGUGCAUAGCCGGGUCUUCCAGAUCUUAUACAGGAAUGAAGAAGUACCCAUCAAUGAUGCUGUGAUCUUCCGAGCUCAUUUGCUCUUAGAUGGUGAAAGGGUGGAAGACGCCCUGAGCGAAGUCGAUUUCCAACUCAAGGUGGACCUGCACAGUACAGACAGCGAGCAGCAGCUGAGGGAUGUGGCCGGGGCGCCAAUGAUCAGCAGCCGCACAUUGGGCCUCCACUUCCACCCCCGGAGGGGUCUACACCACCAGGUCCCUGUCAUGUUCGACUACUUCCAUCUGUCAGUGAUCUCGGUGACCAUCCACGCUGCCCUGGUGGCUCUGCAGCAACCCCUGAUCAGUUUUACUCGCCCAGGAAGAGGAUCGUGGCUUGGUAAAGGAGGCCCAGAGGCGGGACAAGAACAGUCCAUUAUCUCCCUGGAAAACUUGGUCUUUGGAGCUGGAUACUGCAAGCCCACUUCCUCAGAGGGAAGCUUCUAUGUCCCCUCGGAGAACUGCAUGCAGCAUGCACACAAAUGGCACCGCGACCUGUGUCUCCUGCUCCUCCAAGCCUACCGGGGACUUCGCCUCUACUUCCUGGUCAUCAUGAAGGACAUCCCAGAGCUGCCCCACAUGGAUCUGGAGGCACUUGCAGUUGAAGAAACGCUCUCUCAGCUGUGCUCAGAACUGCAGAUGCUGAACAAUCCGGAGAAGAUAGCUGAGCAGAUCAGCAAGGACCUUGCCUGGCUGGCCUCCCAUCUCAUGGCUCUCUGGACCCAGUUUCUGGACACGGUGACACAGCACUCCCAAGUGACCACUUAUCUGACCCAGGAACACCACACCUUGAGAGUCCGAAGGUUUUCUGAGGCCUUCUUUUACAUGGAGCACCAAAAACUCGCAGUCUUGACCUUUCAAGAGAAUCUGAUGCAGACCCACAGCCAGCUGUCCCUGGAUGUGCGGAAUUCCGAGUACCUCACCAGCAUGCCCCCACUGCCUGCAGAGUGCCUGGACAUUGAUGGUAAUUGCAACACCCUGCCAGUCAUCUUUGAGGACAGAUACGUGGACUGCCCAAUGAAAGGACAUAGUUUGAGUGUUUAUCCUAAUUUUGACAUUCCGGCAACAAUCCCUACAAUAAUGGACCUAAAAGAGAAAGAAGAAAACCAUAUUGUAAAUGCAAAAUCAUCUUUUAAGGAAGGCCUUGUCUUGUCUACGAUGAAACCAAUCCAAAUGGGCUCUGAGGAAGAAGUUAGUAGGUGUCCAGAGCCAGGAGAGAAUGUGACCACACAAAACCAGGUGGACAUGUGCUUCGAAUCUGAGGUGUAUCUGACAAUUGGUGAAUUCCAGAAUAAAGCAGGAGUGCCUGAAGAUGAAUGUUGGACUGGUCAGGGGUCUGAUGUUGGAACAUACCCAUCCGCAGAGGGGGACACACCUAGGAACCUGGGCCCAGAGGAUGGGCAGGCCCCGGGACUGACCUACAUUGAUGUGAAAUGCAGCAAUAAGAACCCACACAGAGCUGAACCCAUGGAACUCCUCAGUGUUCAUUAUGAGAGAAGAAGCUCCAGAGACAAGAACAGUUUUGAGAGGAUCGUGCCAAGCAAAAUGGCAGCAGGUGGAAAUCACCAAGAUGCUAUCUCUCCAGACAAAACAGCCCUCCCUGAGCUGCAUACUCUAGGAAAGGGAGCAGACCGGGAGGAAAAACUAGGGCUGCUGAACCUGAAGCUCACACCUCCUGAGCACUGUGACGCCCCUAGCUCCACUCUGAGAGCACCCUUGGAUGUCAGGUCUUCCCUGCAGGACCCUCAUACAGAAGAGCAGGAGGAGCUGUCAGUGCUUUCUGGGGUUAUCAAGAGAUCUUCCUCCAUCAUAUCUGACUCGGGCAUUGAGAGCGAACCAAGUUCGGUGGCCUGGUCAGAAGCUCGAAGCAGGGCCCUGGAGUUACCCAGUGACCGGGAAGUCUUGCACCAGCUGGCUCGGAGGUAUGCCCUGCACAGGAACUCCUUAGAGGGCGGCCACACAGAGAGUAACACAAGCCUGCCCAGUGGCAUCCAGGCUUCUCUUACCUCCAUCAGCUCCUUGCCUUUUGAGGAGGAGGAGCGAGAGUUAGCACUCACCAAGCUAACCAAGUCUGCAUCUGCACCUCAGAUUAGCAGCCCAGAAGAUCCUGCUGAGGGUGCAGAUGUCACGAAGAAACAGCGAGGCUCUGCUGAAGCUUCAGAUAUGCACAGCAUGAGCCAAAUUUCCCCUGAACACAGUUCUCAACCUUCUGGUGGCUCCAAAACCAAGGAUGAUGAGGAAGGCCAUUCACUGGUGGAAGUAGAUUUAGAUGCUGAGAAACAGCAGGGGCCUGGUUACAUGGACAUCCCCAAAGGCAAAGAGACUCAGUCUUAUGCUGAUGGAGGCUGUUCUCUGGAUGGCAGACCUGAGAGCACUCCAAGUGUUGAAACCAAAGGUAUUGACUUAAAAAUACCGCACACCAUAGUACUUGAAAAUACAAGGACCAGGUUUUUCCAAAGAGGACUAAUGGAAACCCCAAAGGGCAGACCUAAAGACUUGAAUGUGGGCAAACACAAUCUGUCCAACAGCAGCAUCUCAGAGGUUGGGGAGAUGUCUCACCAUAAGGUGCCUGAAUUCAGCUGUCCAUCAGCGGCCAAUGCCAUCCACCCAAAUUCUGCAGGCCAGCAAUGCAGUUCACCUUGCUUCAUUGAUGACACAAUGUUGAACAGAGAACCUGAUGCCUCUCUGGAGACUGAACAUGAAGCUGGUACUGUGUGCCCCACUGUGACUCACUCCACUCCCUCUCCUGUUUUGAGAAACCAGGAGCCAAAGGGAGGAACUUCCAUCUUGGGGUCCCACCUGACCCCUACAGAGACCUUUACUCUGGACAGCCUGAAGGCUGUGGAGGUUGUCAACUUAUCCCUGUCUUGCACUGCCACAUGUCUCCCUUUCUCCUCUGUGCCCAAGGAGACCCCUGCCAGGGCUGGAUUCUCUUCCAAACAGACACCAGUUCCUAUCACCCAUCAACCUUUGGGUUCCUUUGGAGUCAUUUCUACCCAUUCUAGCAAAUUGGAGGAUGAAGUCAGUGAAAGGAUGUUCAGUUUUUAUCAGGCCAAAGAAAAAUUUAAAAAAGAACUGAAGAUUGAAGGAUUUCUGUACAGCGACUUGUCUGUGCUGGCUUCUGAUACUCCGUAUUUCCCACCAGAGGAGGAGGAAGAGAACUUGGAAGAUGGGAUUCACCUGGUAGUUUGUGUUCAUGGCUUGGACGGAAAUAGUGCGGACCUCCGGCUGGUAAAGACUUUCAUAGAACUGGGGCUCCCUGGAGGGAAGCUGGAUUUCCUAAUGUCUGAGAAGAAUCAGAUGGACACAUUUGCAGAUUUUGAUACCAUGACGGAUCGGUUAUUAGAUGAAAUCAUUCAACACAUUCAAUUGUACAACCUCUCCAUAUCCCGAAUUAGUUUCAUCGGCCAUUCUCUGGGCAACAUCAUCAUCCGGUCAGUCCUCACACGGCCCCGCUUCCGGUAUUACCUCAACAAGCUGCACACGUUCCUGUCACUGUCUGGGCCUCACCUGGGCACCCUGUACAACAACAGCACGCUCGUCAGUACAGGCUUGUGGCUCAUGCAGAAAUUGAAGAAAUCUGGGUCUCUUCUGCAGCUGACUUUCAGGGAUAAUGCUGAUUUGCGCAAAUGUUUCCUCUACCAACUAAGCCAAAAAACAGGGCUGCAGUAUUUUAAGAAUGUCGUGCUGGUUGCUUCCCCCCAAGACCGCUAUGUGCCAUUUCACUCAGCCAGGAUCGAAAUGUGCAAAACUGCUCUCAAAGACAGGCACACAGGACCGGUUUAUGCAGAAAUGAUCAACAACCUUCUGGGUCCCCUGGUGGCUGCCAAGGACUGCACUUUAAUCCGACACAACGUGUUUCAUGCCCUGCCCAACACUGCCAACACCCUGAUUGGCCGUGCUGCUCACAUCGCUGUACUUGACUCAGAGCUGUUCCUGGAGAAGUUUUUCUUGGUGGCUGGACUCAACUACUUCAAAUAGUGGCUCUCAGGGGGCAGGCAUAGGGUAACUUGCCAGAAAGGUUUAUGGGCAGUUGAAUUCUUUAGUGGAGACAGGUUUUUAUACACCUCUGGCUUUCAAGGUGGAGCUGAUGGAGGAUGUGUGGGAGGGAUGGAGGCUGGGGUGAAACUGGACCACAGCCCCUCUCUUUCAGAGAUUUUAAAAAGCUGAACAAAUAGUGUAAAAGAUAAAAAAAAAACUUGGCUUGAAUGUGUCUGGCUGCCUGAGGUCUCAUUCAGGAUAUUUUCUAGAAAAAGUUUGGGAAAAUAAAGAAUAUGCGGAGUUGAUGAGCCCACCUUUUUAAUCACCAUGGGUCACAGAGUUUGCAUCAACUUAGCUAGAUUUGUCCUCUACCUUCCUAGCUUAUAGCUUUAUCAUUUUUUAAUUGAAUUAAGUGCACACAAGCAUUUCAGAACUCAGGUUAUCCUCUGUGCAGAAGCGGAACACAUUUGUGUAAGUAGAGUCCGGAUUAGAUUCAAAUGUGCCAUGUGUUGAAAAAAUCCAAGACCAUUUUCUCAUCUUCUCUUUAUGUUUUCUCAACAAGUACAAAGAAUGAGUGCUAGAUCCCUAUUUGAUUUCAUAAUGGCAGUGGGUGGGUGACUUACAGGAAGGAAGGAAAAGGGCACGGCUGUUAAUAAGUACAAGGUUGUUACAGAGAACUUUACGUUGGACUAGUUGUGCCAAUUAUCUCCUCAAACUUUUUCUAUGCAUAGCCUGGCCCACAAUUUAUUUUUUUGUGAUUGCUUUACUCUCUGUCCAUACUAGGGAAAACUGAGUGAGACUACACCUUGCAGAAGAGGGCACUGAGAUUAUGCGUGCGUGGGUGAAACUCCCCACCGCUGAUACACUUCCAAAGAAAUGCUGUGUUAGCAUUGGACACAAUUGCAAAAACAUUGAACCAUUAAUGUGGCCAGCUGCUUCUCCUUCCCCUGCAAGGAGCGAGACAUCUGAAUGGAGGAGCACUGGAUACAGAUCUCAGGGGAGCUCUCAGAAGGGUGCUGGCUAUCUUCCAAUGGAGAUGUUUAAUUGCCUUAGGAAAACAAAGGGCUAGGAAUGAUCACCAAUGAUAAAAAUGGAUAGAAAACAGAGACAAAAGUGAGAUCAGAUUGAAGAACAAAAGCCAGACUGCACUCAAGUUAAACUACUGUUGGUAAGUGACUUACGGGGAUGUGAUGGCUUUGUGGGCCUAUGCAUCAGAAGCCAUGCGGAAGGGAGAAACUGUACAAAUGGACCAGGAUAUUUGCUAGGAUCCCAAAGACUGAAUACUCUGUGCAGGCUAAAGGCAGGCUUAUGAGUCAUUUAGUUGCUGGUAAGGAAUCCAUGAACUAGGACUGUUGAGAUGAAUAACACAGGACAGGAUCUUUGGAAGCUCCUGCAUCUUCCAAAGAUCCCUCCUGCAGUGUAGGAACUUAUCUGACCAAGCACCCCGGCUAGGCCACUAAUGGUGUGCUAAUGAAGCCAAGUGAAUCUCAGGCCAUCUGAGAGUCUUAGAUUCUUGCACAUUAAAUACAGACCACAAGAAACUAGUCUAGAGAGGCAACUUUGUGGGAGAGUAGACUUGUGGGCUUCAUCCAAAGAAGUGGUGUUGGCAAGGUGCCGAGGGUUUUGUAAAGGCAGACUUCCAUGUUCUGGACUUGGGGUUCCUCUGCGGGUUUUUUCUGAAUGUCCCUGAUAGCAUGGUCCCAUCACAUGGUUUUGCUUAAUCUUCUGGUCACUUCUCUACUGAGUAUUUUUCCUGAGCUUGAGAUGGUGUUGGCUGGAAUAGACUCUGGCCCCUCAUAAGCAGCAAUGCAUUUAUGCUGUAGCCAGCAGAUACUAGCUUCCCGGUUGGGAAGUUCAUGGUGGGGCAUUCUCUGGCCUAGACACACAUGCUCUUGCCCAGAUGGGGCCAUAGUUUCCUUGUAACUUCUCCUCUCCAGCUCUAACUGGAGCCCACAGGAAGGGCUCAUUCCAUGUUGUGUUUCCAGUUCCCAUCAGCCACACGCGUCAUUUCUGGGUCACUUCUAAGACCGUGUAGCCAGCGGUUAUGGAGUCUGGAUGAAUCUGAUGAUCAUCUUCUUUUCCAAUAACCAGAUACCAUUUUUACCUUCAAUAUGCUGCCUGGACACAGUGAGAACUAAUGGCAAUAAAUGUCCAGCUGCAUGCUGCACCUCUCUUUAUAGGGGUGUCCUGCUGUCUUUGUAAACCCUUUCUGGACUCUGAGCAUCUAUUAUAAUCAUGUAGAAAGUACAUCUCUAGAUUGUAAAUAAGUGUCCCAUGUUGCGUGUCAUGCCUCAUUUGAAAAGGCCUUUUUAU